UCAGCUGGUACAAACAACAUUCAGACUUCUGGGGAUGGUACAAGUUCUUCACUGAGAAUGGAAACCAGGAAGCAGUUCAGGAGAUGGACCGCAUCUACCUGGCUUACCUCCAAAACAAGAACCGUGCUGAGGGACGCAAAUCCUACAAAGCCUACCUGCGCCAUCUGGGCGAGGUCUACAAAUCUUGUGCUGAUUCUGAUGAUCCCAACUGCGUGGCUUCCUACACCAGCAGGCCCAAACCAAAACCUGAGCCCCCCAAGCCUGCACCAGUAAAAACCUGUGACCCCACCAAGGACCCCUACUGUCUGUAUGCUGCUUUGCUCACAGGCAAGAGCCCCUACCUGCCCCUGGUGAUCCCAGCUGCCACCCCUGCACCAGCACCAGCCAAGGCCCCAGCACCGCUUUAUGUGAAGUCUGUUGCUCCUGCCAAGGAGCCACAGUCAGGGUAUUACUACUACGCUCCAUCCGCGGUGCCGUUCCUUUCCAAGGAGCAGAAGGCGGAGCUCCUGCGGAUCUGUUCUUCCGAGGAUGUGGAGUGUCUGCAGUACCACCUGAGAGCGGCUUACGGCUAUAAACCCUCUGCUGGACCUCUGCCCUCCUACGCUCACCUGGGCUGUGACCCCAGCAAAGACCCGAACUGCAAACCCAAGCUGGUGCAGAGAGCUCCCUCUGGUCUCUACCUGCAGUACCCCAAUUGUGACCCACUGCGUGAUCCCUUCUGUGCCUACGCCGCCUCCCUUUCGGCACCCCGUGCCCCUAACCCCCCUGCCCCUGCUGGCCCUGGAUCCUGCAACCCUAUUUUUGAAGAUGGAUGCAACCCUCUCACAGCCACCAAAUACGCCAGCCCACCAGAGUCCUACAAAUCUGAGGCGAGAGAGGAGGCUGCUGCCAUUCGUGCUGCCCCUCCUCCUGCAGAGCAAAACCACGACCCCUAUGCUAUGUUUAGGGAUGCAUAUGCUAAUGCUAACAGAGUGACUGAUCCUUAUGCUAUGUACCGUCAGCCUAGUGCCCCAGCUUCUCCUCCAGCCAACGAUCCGUAUGCUCUUCUGCGCCAGUUCAUGGCCCAAGCACAGGCAGGAAACCCAUACGCUCCCCGCACGGAGGCCGCUCCAGAGUCCGACCCAAACGAUCCUUUCUCUGCGAUCCGUGAGGCAGCAGCUGCCAUGCAUCGCCGUGGUCCUCCCAACCCCAGACAGCAACACCCUUUCUCCAACCCCACUUAUGAAGAGCCUCCACGGGAGGAGCGCCACCCCCUGGGACCCCCUGGAAAGACCAAGGAGGGCUACGACUGCUUCAUCGGCUACGACAGAGAGUGCUUCCCUUUGAAACCGAACAACCCUCGCACCGGCGUUCAUCGGCAAAUCCCCUACUCUGCUGAAGCCUACGAGCCCCACCUCAACGCUGAUGGCACCAGAAAAGGCGUCCUGGAGCCCAUCAACCCGCACUGCGACCCUGAGUACGACCCUGACUGCCGUCUGCGUCGCGUAGAACCAGAGCAUGCCCAGCCUGAGCAUUACGCCGAGGAGGACCAACACCAGGGGGCAGCAGAGAUGGAGCAGCAUCAUGAGCAGCAGGAACAGGAUCCUUACGAGUCAGAGCCAUACCAGAGCGGCCAGGAGGAGCCUCACAUGCCCUACCAGCCUCUCUCACAGGGUAUGCCCAGCCUCCAGGACAUACUGAGGCGCUAUGGAGACCAGUUCCCAGAACAGGAUGACCACAGAGCCUACGCAGACGACUACCGCAAGAAAUAGACAUGCUAACAGACGCAUGCGUGCAAAUGGACAUGAAUACACAGUUCUUGUAGCUUAGCCUCUCGAUCGCUUCCAAGGUAGGUCCUAUCUGGACCAGAAACGGGACAUAAAAGAAGACUAUGGACCCAGUAAGCAAGGACAUCCACACAAUGCUUCCUGCUGUCGGAGCAUGCUCAAAAAGCUGUAUUUCAGCGAUGUUUUCAGCGCUUUAGUUGCUUUAGACCUGUCGCUUCCAGCUUUCCCCUCGCCUUCUUUAAACCACCUGAAUGUGCUACGACUUUAAAUACUUUGCCUCUGUAGCCGUGCAUCUCACCUUUUUGUUUGUUUGUUGCCUUUUGUCUGAUGGUUUAUGUAAAGAUUUUUUUUCAUUUUGAAUGU